AAAGCUGCCUGUCCCUCGAUUGCUGAUCUUAAAACAUAUCGUCUGUGGUAUUGUGUCAAAACAUAACCUAUUCAGCUAGUUUGUGUUGUGAUUCCUUCCUAUGAUACAUAACUGAUAUAUAAAUGAUACUUAUAACACCUGUAGAAAUUGAAGACACGGGAUUUAGCCCAUAACUAAAGAAAGUAAAAGGUGUAGCAAUUGAAGUAUGUGAUACAUGUAAUGUCUUAUCGUCAUGUCUUACCAAGAUUCACCGUUUUCUACGAUGUACGAUCGUCAGGAUGAUUAUGAUCUUGAUGAUGAGAAUGAGGAAUAUUUGGAGGAUGACAGGGAUGGCGAUGAGCAAGAUGAAAGUGAUGAAGAUACCGAGGAGGCCAGUGAGACGGACAUGGGAAAGUCGGAAGAAUAUACAGAGAUUAAAGAACAGAUGUACCAGGAUAAGUUGGCUAGCUUGAAAAAGCAACUACAGCAACUGAAGGAUGGCACACAUCCUGAAUAUAAUCGUAAAUUGAAGCGGCUAGAAGCACAAUAUAAAGAACGAUUGAGGUUAAACAUAAUUUAUCGAGACUAUUUAACAGAAUGGGUUGAGCGAGAUUAUAUAUUGGAGAAAAAAGCAGCAGUAAAAGAAUUUGACGAAAAGAAAAUUGAUUUAAAGGAAAAUCUGCUCACUGAUAUGGAGGAAAAACGGAAGAUAAUUGAGUCAGAUCGUCAUACAAUGGAAUUGACUGGUGAUUCAAUGGAGGUAAAACCGGUGAUGACAAGGAAAUUACGUAGACGUCCCAACGAUCCAGUGCCUGAAAAAGUGGAGAAACGGCGAAAACCGCCUCCGGCGCAACUAAAUUAUCUCUUGGACGAGAAAGACAUUGAGAGUGACAUGAAAGCGAUCAGUCGCGGGAAGGGAACCAACACUGUUCGUAAGCCAGUAAUUUUACCCCAUUACAAUGCGGUGAAUAUACCAUCGCAGCACAUACCGCAACCACCUGAACCCUCAUUAGUGGAAACUCGGAUAGAAGACGGGAAAUUACUGUAUGAACGAAGAUGGUUUCAUCGUGGUCAACCAGUCUACAUCGAGGGCAAAGAUCUUUCCAGAUUCGCAGCGAAUAUCUCAGCAAUCGGCACCGAAGCGAUCUGGGUGAAAAAAGUCUCGGAUGGCAGCAAAGUACGCAUUUAUACCUCGCAGCUGAGUCGCGGGAAGGUCUCUAUUAAACGACGGGCCUCUUAAUCCACUCGUCAAUCAACGUCUCCAUGUUGUCAAACUUAUACGCCGCGCUUCUCAUUUUUGAUUAAAGCGGUUCCCCCCGUUACGCCAACA